GCCCCGCCCCGCCCCGCCGGCGCGGCGCGGAGCGGAGCCGCCGCAGCGACAGCGGCGCCGGUCGCGGGAGCUGCAUGUGCGCGGCGGCGGUGGCGGAGGAGGAGGAGGAGGAUGGCCGUGCUCAAGCUCGCCGACCAGCCUCCACUGGUCCAAGCGAUUUUCAGUGGUGAUCCAGAAGAGAUUCGGAUGUUGAUCUACAAGACUGAGGAUGUCAACGCCUUGGAUGCUGAGAAGCGAACUCCUCUUCAUGUUGCAUCAUUCCUUGGGGAUGCAGACAUCAUUGAGCUUCUCAUUUUGUCGGGCGCUCGUGUUAAUGCCAAGGACAACAUGUGGCUGACUCCUCUCCACCGAGCAGUUGCUUCAAGGAGUGAAGAAGCAGUGCAAGUACUGAUUAAGCACUCAGCCGAUGUCAAUGCUCGGGACAAGAACUGGCAGACCCCGUUGCACGUGGCUGCUGCAAACAAGGCAGUGAAGUGCGCGGAAGUCAUCAUUCCCAUGCUGAGCAGUGUCAACGUCUCUGACCGAGGUGGGCGGACGGCAUUGCACCAUGCAGCUCUGAAUGGCCACAUUGAGAUGGUGAACUUGCUGUUAGCCAAGGGGGCAAACAUCAAUGCUUUCGACAAAAAGGACAGAAGAGCUCUUCACUGGGCAGCAUAUAUGGGUCACCUGGAAGUUGUUGCCUUACUGAUUAAUCACGGUGCAGAGGUGACUUGUAAAGACAAGAAGGGUUACACCCCACUUCAUGCAGCUGCAUCCAAUGGGCAGAUUAAUGUUGUGAAACACCUCCUUAACCUGGGGGUAGAGAUUGAUGAAAUGAACAUCUAUGGAAAUACUGCACUUCACAUUGCCUGUUACAAUGGUCAGGAUUCUGUUGUUAAUGAGCUGAUUGACUAUGGUGCUAAUGUAAAUCAGCCUAAUAAUAACGGAUUCACUCCCUUGCAUUUUGCUGCUGCCUCCACUCAUGGAGCACUGUGUCUUGAACUGCUAGUGAAUAAUGGGGCAGAUGUUAACGUUCAGAGUAAGGAUGGGAAGAGCCCACUGCACAUGACAGCUGUCCAUGGGAGGUUCACGCGGUCACAGACCCUCAUUCAGAAUGGAGGGGAAAUCGACUGUGUCGAUAAGGACGGUAACACUCCUCUGCAUGUGGCUGCAAGAUAUGGACAUGAGCUUUUGAUUAACACCCUCAUAACCAGCGGAGCUGAUACUGCCAAGUGUGGGAUCCACAACAUGUUCCCUCUACACCUAGCAGCCCUGAAUGCUCACUCAGACUGCUGCAGGAAAUUGUUGUCAUCGGGACAAAAGUAUAGCAUAGUGUCCUUGUUUAGUAAUGAGCACGUGCUGUCUGCAGGCUUUGAAAUAGACACCCCUGAUAGUUUUGGAAGAACAUGCCUCCACGCUGCGGCUGCAGGAGGUAAUGUUGAAUGUAUAAAACUCUUGCAAAGCAGUGGAGCAGAUUUUAAUAAGAAGGACAAAUGUGGGAGGACACCUUUGCACUAUGCAGCUGCAAAUUGUCAUUUCCACUGUAUUGAGACACUGGUGACAACCGGAGCCAAUAUUAACGAAACAGAUGACUGGGGGCGCACCCCUUUGCACUAUGCUGCUGCUUCUGACAUGGACCGAAAAAGAAAGAAUAUUUUAGGUAACUCCCAUGAAAAUGCUGAAGAACUUGAAAGAGCCAGUGAGAUGAAGGAAAAAGAAGCUGCAUUGUGUCUGGAGUUCCUGCUACAGAACGAUGCCAAUCCAUCCAUCCAAGACAAAGAGGGGUACAACACUGUGCAUUAUGCUGCCGCAUAUGGGCACCGGCAGUGUUUGGAACUGAUUGGAAGCAAAACUCCAUUGGAUAUACUUCUGGAAAAAACCAACAAUAUGUUUGAGGAAUCAGAUUCUGCAGCUACAAAAAGUCCUUUGCAUUUAGCUGCCUAUAAUGGUCAUCACCAAGCCCUGGAGGUACUCCUCCAGUCUCUGGUAGAUCUGGAUAUCAAGGAUGAGAAGGGACGCACUGCUUUGGACCUGGCUGCGUUUAAAGGGCAUGCAGAGUGUGUGGAAGCUCUCAUCAGCCAGGGUGCUUCUGUCACUGUAAAAGACAACGUCACUAAAAGGACCCCACUGCAUGCUUCAGUCAUUAAUGGUCAUACACCCUGUUUACGGUUGUUGCUAGAAGUUGCAGACAACCCCGAUGUGACAGAUGCCAAAGGACAAACCCCCCUAAUGCUUGCAGUGGCAUAUGGGCACAUUGAUGCUGUUUCCUUAUUACUUGAAAAAGAAGCAUCUGUAGAUGCAGCUGAUCUCGUGGGAUGCACAGCUUUACAUCGAGGGAUUAUGACGGGGCAUGAAGAGUGUGUUCAGAUGCUGUUAGAGAAAGACGUAUCUAUUUUAUGUAAAGAUGCCAGAGGCAGAACACCUCUGCACUUUGCAGCAGCUCGGGGCCAUGCCACGUGGCUGAGUGAAUUACUGCAGGUAGCACUUUCAGAAGAAGACUGCAGUUUAAAAGAUAAUCAAGGUUAUACACCGCUGCACUGGGCUUGUUACAAUGGUCAUGAAAACUGCAUAGAGGUACUAUUGGAACAAAAAUUUUUCCGUAAAUUCUAUGGUAAUAGCUUCUCUCCAUUGCACUGUGCUGUAAUCAAUGAUCAUGAAAACUGUGCAUCACUGCUCAUUGGAGCCAUCGAUGCCAACAUUGUCAAUUGCAAAGAUGACAAAGGAAGAACGCCCCUUCAUGCAGCAGCCUUUGCGGAUCACGUGGAAUGCCUCCAGCUCCUCCUGAGUCACAGCGCCCAAGUGAAUGCUGCGGAUCAUGCAGGGAAAACACCUCUCAUGAUGGCAGCUCAAAACGGUCACAUAGGUGCUGUAGACUUCUUGGUGAACAUUGCUAAGGCAGACCUGACAUUAAAAGAUAAGGACUUGAAUACAUCUUUGCACUUGGCUAGCAGUAAAGGUCAUGAAAAAUGUGCCUUGUUAAUACUUGACAAGAUACAAGAACAGAGCCUUAUUAAUGCAAAAAAUAAUGCAUUGCAGACACCUCUCCAUAUUGCUGCACGUAAUGGCUUGAAGAUGGUGGUUGAAGAGUUGCUAGCCAAAGGGGCAUGUGUCCUAGCAGUAGAUGAAAAUGGUCAUACGCCAGCCCUGGCUUGCGCUCCUAACAAAGACGUGGCUGACUGCCUGGCACUCAUUUUGGCUACCAUGAUGCCUUUUUCUCCUUCCAGUUCAAUGACGGCUUUCAACUUCGCUUGUUUUAAAAAAGACAGUUUGGGCAGGACACAUCUCUGCGAUGGCUCCAGUAUGGGUAGCAUUAACUCUUGUAAUAAGCCCUUGAGUAAUAACAUAGGAACAGAGGAUGGGUACAACGAAAAUGAUUCUGAUUCUGAAACAUUUUGACUUUUUGGUAUUGAAAACUUUUUCUUUCCUUAUUGUUUCCUUUCAGCUUGUAGUUUUGGUCUUUUUAAAGAGCUCAAAUCCCACUGCUAUAUUCUAAACUAUUUCUCUUGACAAGUAGGUAUUGAAAGAUAUGUAGUGUUAAGCCUUUAAAUAACAAAGGGGGACUUACUGGAAUAAUAUUCCCAUUAAUGUUCUGCAGCUUUUCAGCUUCCUCAUGUUUUCUUUAGGCCCUAAGUGCCCCUGUGGAAAGUCUCUACCUCUUAUUUGAAGUAAAAAAGAGAAAAUGCCUUUUUUCUUUUUGACAGCACAAAUAAACAGGGAACUGUUUGUAAAACUUACAUAUUUAAGCUGUACUGUUAGUACACAAACAUAUUUUCAAUGUAGCCUUCAUAGAUUUCAAGCAUCGCUCCUUUCCUCUGUUUGUCUGUUUACUAAUUCCAGGGGCUCUGAUAAUUAGAUAACUUCUUUUACACAAACCAAAGGUGAAGUUGUAAAUCCUAAAAUUGCCUGUAUUACUUUUCUACAGGAAAAAAAAAAUACAUUCUGAACGUAUUAAGCACUUAAACGUACAGAAAGCACUUUUUACAGUUAUUAGUUGCAGCACGUAAUUAGAAAAAUAUAGUUAUAAACUCUUAAGGCCAAAUUCUACUUGUCUCACCAUGUUUCCCCACUGAUAUUAGUGGAACCACUUGUGAAAAAUUAAAAUCACUUGGCCCCCCUUUUUUUUUUCUCCAAUUCAGCACAAGCAUGUACAGUUUAUUUGCACUACAGAAUUAGGGUCAUUAGAAGUUUCUGUCACCUGAGCCAUUAACCAUGAAUCUAGUAUCAGAAAAAGAAAUCAGGUGUAGACAAAGGUGUAUGUAAACAUUUAUGAUGACAUGCCAACUUAAAUAGAUUUUUAAAAUUAUUUUCUAUGCUUAAAUAACCAAUUUUUACUGUAAACAAUAUUGAUUUUUAACAUAUUUCUGCCAGUGUUUGGAUUAACCGAGUAGAGGUCAAGUAAUGAAAGCAUAACACCAAAAGUUGAAAUACCAAACACGAGAAAACAAAUAUGUACCAUGCACCAUGCAUGGGAUCGGAGAUGCAUGCUAAAGAGCCUAUUGUCACCAGCUUUGAAAGCAAUGUCAACUUGUGAAUAUGUUUACUCCUUCUGCCAAAGUUUCUAGGUCAAACGGACCCCGACCCUCAUCUGCAACAGAAGUACAAAAGGAAGAAUGAGACUUUAUAAACAAAAACAAAACAAACAAAAGCCUAUCAUGAACUAACCAGCUGUACCAAGAGGACCAAAAUGCUUCAGUGAUUAAAUUGAAGACUUUAUUACUUUUAUUUUUUUCUUCAAAUGUGAGUGACAUAAUGAAGUAGUUUUUCUAAAUGAUAAAACUAUAAACUUUUGAGGUAAUGAGUAGUCUUGAGUGAAUUUUACAUUUUAUGAUGCAGGUUUCAAGUUGACAUUUGUAACUAAUUAUGUGUUGACCACAGUUUGUUUUUUUUCCAGGCUAAGGAAAAUGUUCAUAUGCUUUUAAUGUAAAUGUGUUUAUAUUUAUUUGAAAUGAAACAAAUACCCAGGAAAAAUAACUAUGGCUUUUUCUCCUUGGUAGUAGUUGUGCAUAUUAUUUUGUGUAAUGCAAAAUAAAAUGUGAAUCUAGGCAAGACUGAUGGCCUGAGUGGAAAAAGGAAGGACUGAUGCACUUCAGAAGUGUGCCCAUCUUAAUCUGUGGAAUGCAAAGAUGAAGUCCACAGGCUAUACUGGUAAAAUGCAGAGAGCAAAACACCUUUCAUCAUCAUUUGAAAGUGUAAGAAAGGGAUCCAACACCUUGCUAGACAGGUGAGAGAACACUGUACAACUACAGUAAAGUUAUAGAAAAGGUAAUGUAGCAUGGAGUUAGGGUGUUACAAGUUCCAGUGAUUCACACUCAGGAUAUCUGCAGGCCUAAAUCUGUGCUGGGAGGAUGAGAAGAGCUUCUUCCUGAGUGCAUGCUUUCGUCAGGGUAAAUGAAAAGUAAGGAUUUCUAUUUUAGUAGUACUUUUUAGCCAUGUUCCACUGAAUUGUUUAAAAAUAAUAAUAAUCCAUCAACAGAUUUCCAGUUCUUCAACUGGAAAAAAAACACACAUUGUUUAUUUUGCUUUGCUAAAAUUAACCAUCGUUUCCUUGAACGUUAACAAAUUUCCAAAAUUUGCAAUGAACUUCCUAAGGGAUAGUGUCUAUGAAGACAAAGGUAUGUUUUUCCUCAAUCCUAUCUUUUCAGCAGUAGAAUGACAGAGCACCUGAAACACUGGUUUUCUCCUCAGAAGUAGCACAGGAAACAUUUUUAUGAUCGACUUUUCUCAAAGUUUGUCAUGUAAAACCCGUAGAAUAGCAAUAACCACCUUAUUGUAAGCACUGAAAAUAAGAGGAGAGACCAGUUGUUAGUUUUCAGUCAUGUUUAGAAAUGAAAUACCAAGUUUUAGUUUAGUUUGUUUGUUCUGUGUAGAAUGAUGGCAUUUAAAACAACCAAACAAAUGAGAAAUAGCUGCGACCUGCUCUACAGCAGGAACAGCUUUUUAAUUUUAUUUCAACCAGAGAUUAAAUAUGUCUAACCCUGAAAUAAAGUUAUGCUAUCCUACAUGAAGUUGUUUCAUUAGGAGAAAACCAGUGACCUUUAUAAGGAGAAUAUUGUAUUAUUUCAAGCAGCUAUUUUAAACAAAUCAGUAUUUUACUUGCUACAGUACAGAGUUACGGAAAAUAUUUUGUAAAUUUGCAAUACCUUGAAAUUCUGGUAACUGUGUAGUACAACUGCUGCCUUUUAUGAUAUAUACAACAUUAUAGAAGCAUAGGUGAUUAUCAAAUAACUUUGCUCCUUCUAGGAAUCAAAUUUAAACUUUACUGAUUAAACUUCUCUAUAAACUAGCAAUGAUGUGAGUAUGCAGUAUUCCGGAAAUCCUAGAAAAAUAUGAUUUGUUAGCAUCUUAUGGGCAUUGGGAAAGCCAUGUUCUGAGUAUGGUGUUCUUAGGAAAACCUUCACAAGCAAGACCUUUGGAAGUACUCAGUAUCAGCCUGUCCCCAGAACUCACCAGAAUCCCUUUUCCUGUAUGCUAGUACAUUAACCUGUAAUAUAAUUUGUCACUUGUAGAAAUAGAUUUGUUAUUUAGGACAGGUAUUUAAGCAUGGGAACAAUCUCACUCAUGUAAAUAAUCACCAUGCCUUUUUGUGGACUUUUUGCAAGGGUAGAUUUAAUCAUACAGAAUUGUUGCACUUAACCCUGGAUCCUGCAAUUUACAGUACAUGGACUACUUCUGUAUUUGCACCACACAGUGGGUAUUUUGUGAGGGGCAGCAGUCUGCCCACUUUUAUUAGCAGGAUAGUUUUCAUCUUGUAUUUUAACCACAGUUGCAGGUGGAAUCCAUAGCAGGAUUGGGUCCCAUGUCUCUCUCUCAUAAAUACUGAGUAAAAACCUCCGGACUGCCUGAAAUUGCUGUGAAAUAGCUCAGGGGAUUUCUGUUCAUCGCUACUAAAAGGGCACCAUAAUGUGUUUGGUACUUUUAUGCAGUAAACAACUGCCAGAUUAUUAAAUUAGAACAAACACAUGAAACGAAUUGUUUAUCCAUUGUACUGUUGAGAAACUUGGUUAUGUAUCUUGAGGAUGACUUAAAAGAAAAUUGUGAUUUUUAUUCUUAGUCAUGUAAGAAAUAUUAGAGUGCCUUUUUAUAUUUGUGUAUUAUGGAAAUGUUUUGUGAAAGUUGUCUCUUUUUUUUUUUUUUUUCAUUUGAGUGUUAUAAAAGCAAUAUAUUACCAGUAAAUUUUCAUUUCAACUCUUCUUUGAAUGUAUAAAGUGUUUCUUCUUUUCAUAUGUUCUACCUGUAUUGAAAUGAAAAUUAAUAUGCUAAAUUUCUAUAGGAAUAACGUAUAAUUUUUGCAGUGCUGAAAAUGCUUUCUUAUUACACAAAAAGUAAACCUUAGAUCAGUGUUAUAGGAAAGGGCGUUUUAAACUAGUGACAAUCUGAGUGUGUGUAUAAAAUGUAAUUUUAUGCGUUUCUUAUGCAGUGAUCUACAUAUUAAAGCCAAUAUCUUAUGUUUUGUAGGUUUUGUCUUAUAUUUUAUGCUUUAGCAUGUGCAAUAUAUCUUUACAAACCAUGGUGAUAUGAAUCUGGUGCCAGUGUUAUAUUUUGCAUAACAUUUGUAAUAAACAAUAUGAAAUAUUGUUUGAUGGUUUCAGUGGGGUUUUGUCGGUAUUGUUUUCUUUUGUAAAUUGAAGUUCAAAGACUUGGUAAACGUCACGUAUAAAAUGAGGAAAAAGACUUACUUCGGUGAAUGACUUGGAAUUCAGCCUGAAUCUUCUCAAGCACAGCCUAGUAACUUUUUUUCAACUACUGAAUGCUGUAUUAAUGUAAUGAAAAACCCUAACUGUAAACUACUAUUGAGAUGCAUUCAGAUGGUUAUUUUUACAAAUAAAAAUGGUACAAAUACUGUUGGAAAA